GCCGUUACGUUGCCCUUUAAACAAAACCAACGUUUUACACCAACAGCCACCUCCUCUGAUGGAAUCGGAAUCGGAGCCCUCGCCACCGCCACCACCCUCCUUCUCCGACGCCGACGAUCCUCCGCCGUCGCAUUCGCCGGAGCUACCGGAGGUCAUCGCCCUCAGCCCCCUCCUCCCCGCCUUCGACGCCGCCCUCUCCGCGCGCUUCCGCCUCCUCAAACCCUCGCCGCUCCCCCUCUCCUCGCCCAUCUCCUCCGCCGCCUCCGCCGCCCUCGUCCGCGCCCCCACCCGCGUCGACGCCGCCCUCCUCGACCUCGUCCCCUCCCUCCGCCUCGUCGUCACCACCAGCGCCGGCCUCGACCACUUCGACCUCCCCGAGUGCGCCCGCCGCGGCGUCGCCGUCGCCAGCGCCGGCCACGUCUUCUCCCCCGACGUCGCCGACUACGCCGUCGCCCUCCUCCUCGACGUCCUCCGCCGCAUCUCCGCCUCGGGCCGCUACCUCCGCCGCGGCGAGUGGCCUCUCCGCGGGGACUACCCCCUCGGAUCUAAGCUCGGGGGAAAGCGAGUAGGGAUUGUUGGGUUGGGAAGCAUUGGGUCAUUGAUCGCGAAAAGGCUCGAAGUUUUCGGCUGUAUCAUCUCAUAUAACUCAAGGAAAGCGAAGCCAUCCGUCUCAUAUAAAUUCUUCCCUACUGUUUAUGAUCUCGCAACCGAAUGUGAUGUUCUAAUUCUUUCCUGUGCAUUUACCAACGAAACGCGCCAUAUAGUUAACAAGGAUGUCAUGCAUGCAUUAGGAAAGGAUGGUGUAAUUAUAAACAUCGCUCGGGGAGGUCUUAUUGAUGAAGAAGAAUUAGUCAAGUGUUUGAUGCAAGGAGAGAUCAAGGGGGCCGGUCUAGAUGUCUUCGAGAACGAGCCCUCCGUGCCAAACAAGCUUUUCACUAUGGAUAAUGUCGUUCUGUCGCCUCAUCUAGCUGCUUUUACUACAGAAUCGUCAUCGGAUUUGCUUGAACUAAUUAUAGCGAACUUCGAGGCUUUCUUCUCAAACAAGCCUUUGAUUACUCCAGUUUCAAUGUAAGUUGUGUGUGCUGUUUACAGAGAAAAAACCCAUAGAUUAUAUUUCUCUCGAGUUAUUACAUUUUUAUCUCUCUAGUUACUACAUAUUUAGUGUGUGGUACUUUCUUUUUCCUCUAAAAUUCGGUAGAAUAUGAAAGUGGUUACAAAAGAUCGUAAUUUGUAUAUAGCAUGCAUGAUGCGUGUAUGCAUAUUCGCACUCCGCACUUCACAUGAAGGAACUUACCAUCCUUUUAGAAUAUGUGGGUUGUUUUUGGUAAAUUUGUUUGCUCUCUUAAUCUGAACACUGAUGAAGUUGGAUGUACGAACCCUCUCAAUAAUAGUUUUUGCGAUGUUAAUAUUACCGCCGCUCA